CUUCUGAAAGUUUUUAAUCCUUUAAAUAUUUCCUUAACAGUUAUUUAUCUAUCCAUCCUUUCCCUGAAUAAAUAGAUAACUGACAAGGGUGGGAUUUCAAGAUCUAGAAGUUCACAGAAGCUCAGUAUUCCGCUUAAUUAUCUAUUUUUACCAUUCAUUAUAUUUUCAGAAUUAACCUUUGUCUCUAAAAAAGGAAUAUAAAAGUGAAGAGUUUGUGAAAAAUGGAGAAAUAGAGCAAGAAUAUUCUAGAUUUCAAGAAAAAUCUCAAAGAAAUAAUAUUGAAUCAAAGAAUCAAAUUUUAACUGAUAAAAAACCUCUUCCAAAAUCGAAGUGCGAACUUGAAGAUAACGGAAGCCUCAAAGUAAAUAAUGUCAGCCAGGUGGCAAACUCUUUAUCAGCUGGAAUGAGUACUUUGGUCAAUGAAUUCUUGCCAAAAUUUCAAAAAGAACUAUCACAGAUGCAACUAAAAGAAGAAAAGGAUCAACAGAAAAUGAAAGAAAUGCAAAAAGAGUUAGAAAUUAUGAAGAAAUCUAAAGAAGACUUUGAAUUUAAGUAUCUUGAGAGUACCCGAACUAUUGAGAAAUUAACGAAAGAUGGGCAAACGCAAAAAAUAAAGAUGGAAGAGUGAAUCUGUAGACUAGAAGAAAAAUAAUAAAGCUUUAUGCCAAAAAGAAACAGAAUUUAAUCGUCUAAUUAAAGAGAAAGAAAAUGAUGCUUGAUCAGAUCGAGAUAAAAAUGCAAAACUCAUGAGCCAGAAAAGAGAUUUAGAUCAAGAUUUGCAAAAAAUACGACUUGAAAAUCAAGACUAUAAAAACAAGAUCUCAGAAUAUCAAGAGAAAAACAAAAUAAUUUCCAAAGAAAAUGAGAAUUUAAAAUCAAAGAUUUCUCAAGAUAAUAUUGAUUAUCAUGAUGCUCUAAGAAAAUUAUGUGAUUAUGAGUCAAACAGCAGUGGUACAGAAAGAAGAGAUUAUAGUCAAUUUUUCAAUAAGAUCGAAGAUAUGAAAUCCAAGAUUAAGGAUUUAGAAGAUUCAAAAAAUAAGCUAGUCAAAUUAUACGAGAGAAGUAUUAUAAAUAAUAGCGAAUUGAAGAAUAACAAUAAUGAGUUAUCGAAGAAAAUACAAGAGAGUUCCACAAAGAGAGAAGAAGAAACAGAGAGAAUAAUAUGUGAAUUAGAAGAGAAAUCAAUAAGCUGAACAAUAGAAGAGACAACUAGAUUAAGAGAUAAAACUUCCGAUUUAGAAAAGAAAAUUAAAAAUUUGGAGAUUGACAAACAGCUCCUAAAGCAAGAAUUGGAAAAUGCUGAGGUUAAGAGCAAAGAUAUUCAAGAAUCUCUAAAUCUUAAAAUAUCAGAGUUGUAUGAAAAAAUUAACGAAACUGACAAAAUAGACAUAAUCUUAAGAAAAACAACAAGACAAUUGGAACAAUCAGAGAAUAACUAUAAUAUUUUAAAGACUAAAUACACUGAAGAUACGAAAAAUAUGGAAAUGGAAAUAACAAAUAUGACUGAAAAGCAACAAAAUAUGACAAAAUCAAUGGAGGAAAAUAAGAAGACUUGAUCUGAAAAAGUUAAUUCGCUAAAAUUAUCUCUCGAAGAGACCAAGAAAUCCUUAAUAAAACUAAAUGAAGAAAACACUACAUUAAAAACCGAUGCUAAAGAGCUUCAACAAAAAGACGAAAAACUAACCAAACUCAUUUUAAACUUAAAAAUCGAAUUAGAGCUAAAAGACGCUAGACUAAACCGAAUGGAGAAAGACCUAUCAGACCUAAACAAAAUCAACAUCAAUCUGAAGGCUAAAGUUUAUAAAUAUAGAUACCCCCAAGGCCACUCUUCCAAAACCUCCUGCACCACCCUAGCUACACUCCAAAAAAUCUCCAGUACAGACUCACCCAAAAAAUUCCCGUUCAAGAGAGAAGACUUAAGCUGCAUGAGUAAUCCUGAACUAGGCAAGCUAGGUUUGUCAGAAGAUACUGACCAAUUGAUGAAUUCGAAUGCGACUGUGAGGCCGGAUGGAGAGGGCAUUUUGGAGAAGCAAUUUUAUACAACAAGGAGAUCAACUGACUCUAGUUCGAUGUAAAUGAACCUGACAUACCAAAGGACUUAAAUUCAUUUACUCCAUUAAACAUUCAGAAUACUUUACUCUAUACCUACUCAACGACUCCAAAACCCCUUAGAGGAUCUAAUUCAAAACAACAAUCAAUAAACCCUUGAUCC